AUGGUACCCAAUAUUGCUAUUGCACUAGCCGCGUUUUCUGUUGUUUCGUCGGCAGCAACAACUAUCGACAAGAGAGUAAUAGGCGGGGAGAAUGCCAAGGACGGCGAGUUUCCAUUCAUCGUUAGUCUUAGCCGAAAGGAGGGUCAAUGCAGUGGCAGUUUGUUGGACAGCACUACGGUUCUUACUGUUGCUCAUUGCCUUGAAGGCCAAUUCACCUCUGUGAGGGCAGGAACGCUGAAUAGACGGAUGGGCGGAGUAACUGCAAAUAUUGCAUCCGCCAUAGAGCACCCUAGUUACAUCAAGGGGCAUGGUGUCCAUGACAUUGCCAUCUUGAAAUUAUCAACUCCAAUCGAGAGGAACGAGACAAUUGGGAUUGACUAUGCGGUACUGCCGGAAAACGGCUCGGAUCCCGCACCAAAUUCCACCGCAAUAACCGCAGGCUGGGGCGUACAAGGCAACGGCGAUCCCGAUCGUAACGGAGCAGUUGACAAACUUGCCAAGGUUGUAAUUCCUGUUCAUCCGCGCCAGGAUUGUAGGUUGCGAUUUCAUCCACCCGAGGCUCAUCCAGACACAAUAUGUGCUGGUGUAAAUGGCAAGGAUGCAUGCCUUGGGGAUAGCGGCGGUCCUCUUAUCGACCAGGAGACGGGACAAUUAAUCGGUCUCGUCUCACGGGGCCAAUGCACCAAGCCUCCCACGGUGUAUACUAGGGUCGGCAGCUACAUCCCUUGGAUUAAAGAUCAUCUUGGGGGGGUUGGCUCUGGUCCUGACCCUAUUUCUCCAACAAGUUCCCUGUUGCCCGAGGGCACGCCUACCCCCGGCCAGAAGCGCCCUUGGAUAGAACCUAUUAAUUAUAGCGUCAUCACCGGCUGUGGCUUCACGGAAAACAGAGAAGAGAAGUGCGGGACUGAGACUUACUGCGGCCUGUUCGACUGGUCGCCUGCAACCGACGGCGCCUUCAAGAACUCCAAGGAGUGCUUCGACGCCCAUGUGCCUAAGCCCAAGGCAGCCAGGGCAUCGUUUCCUCGCACAACUCGACACCAGCAGUAA